UCCCGCCUGACGGCCCAGAGUCCAGUCACGUCCCGCCUGACGGCCCAGAGUCCAGUCACGUCCCGUCUGAGCGCCCAGAGUCAAGUCGCAUUUCGUUUGACCGCCCAGAGCUUUGUCACAUCAUGUCUGCCAGUGUGAUGGCAACCGCCAUCCUCAGCAUCUGGGCCGCAAGCUACGCUCCAGAGAUCUUGACGACGACUCCAGAAGUCCUACCCGUCGUCAAGUCUGUGCCAGAGGUCUCGUCUGACCUCCCUGAGCCUUGUCACGUCAUGUCUUCUAGCGUGCUGGCGAUCGCCAUUCUCAGUGUGUGGGCUGCACACUCAGCUCCAGAGGUCUCAUCUGUUCGCCAGCCAACUCCAGAGCUCCCGUCUGAUCUCAAGCCUGCUCCAGAGCUCCCGUCUGAUCUCAAGUUUGCUCCGGAGGCCCUGUCUGACCACGAGACAGACCCAGAGGCCUCACCAGUUGGAGAAGCCGCGCCAAUGCCUCCUGAGGUGUCAGCUUCGGCUGUAGGUCCUCCUAGGGAGGCGGCGUUCUGCCUCAAACUCUCUGCUUCUCCCCUUAUUCUGUCUGCCUCCUCUGUCUCUACUGUUCCUAGGUCCCAGGCCAUAAAGCGGUUUCCUGCUCCAGAGGUCCCGUCUGGUCCCAAGUCUGCUCCAGAGGUCCCGUCUGGUCCCAAGUCUGCUCCAGAGGUCCCGUCUGGUCCCAAGUCUGCUCCAGAGGUCCCGUCUGACCUCAAGUCCGCCCCCGAGGCCUUCCCCGUAGGAGAAGCUGCGCCAAUGCCUCCAGAGGUGUCAGCGUCAGCUGUGGAACCUCUUAUGGAGAGGGCGUUCACCUCAAUACUCUCUGCUUCUUCCCUUCUUCUGUCUGUCUCCUCUGUCCCUGUUCUCCCCAGAUCCCAGACCGUAACGCGGGUUCCUGUUUUUCCCCGGAGGGCCGCUCCGCCUCCUGCUCUUCCCCGGAGGACUGCUCCACCUCCAGUUCCGCCCUGGAGGAGUCCUGCGCCUCCUGCUCCUCCUCUGGCUCCGCCCUGGAGGACUCCUGUGCCUCCUGCUCCGCCUCCAGUUCCGCCCUGGAGGAGUCCUGCUCCGCCUCCAGUUCCGCCCUGGAGGACUCCUGCUCCGCCUCCAGUUCCGCCCUGGAGGAGUCCUGCUCCGCCUCCGGCUCCGCCCUGGAGUACGCCUGUGCCUCAUGCUCCGCUCUGGAGGACCCUUGCCCAGCCGGUUCUGCCUCAGUCCCCUGGCCCCCCCACCGCUCCCCUGGACUGUUGUUUCUGUUGGAGCGUCUGGAAGCCGCUCCUUGGGGGGGGGCUAUGUCACAAAUCUGGUCGGUGUCCUGUUCUCCGCUCACCACCAGACGUCGCUCUCACCUCGUUCUCACACAUUGACUAUUGCACUACACCCCGGACUCCAUUUCCCAUCAGCCACUGCUCUUACCAUUUGCACCAAUCACGGACAGUAUAAAUACCCUGGUCUUCCUGUCACCCCUCGCCGAGUAUUGAAUUGUAUCUAUCGUUCAUGCAAAGCAUUUCUCCGUGUUUCCCCGUGUCUUGUUUCCUGGUUUUGCCUUGUUGUUUUGUUUUAUCUGUCUUUCGGAACUUUCGCCUGCCUGACUAUUCUCCUGCCUCGCCCCCUGGAUAACGUUCGCCGCUGUUCGACCCACGCCCGGAUUAUGGAUUACUCUCUGCCUAGCCCUUAUGCACCUGUCUGCUCCCGUCUCGACCCUGCCUGCUUUUCUAUGUGUCUGUCUAGCCCUAAUAAAGGUUUGCAAAUGGA